AUGCCGCUUUCACCUCGAGCUGAGCCCGACCCGGACCCGAAGAUGAACUGGGCAUCAUUUUAUGCCGUCAUCAGCGGCGUGAACCGACACUCCACUGGCAUCGGUCGCAUCUGGCUCUCUGUCCUGUUUAUUUUCCGAAUCUUGGUUUUGGUGGUAGCCGCUGAGACUGUGUGGGGAGAUGAGAAGUCUGGCUUCACCUGCAACACUCAGCAGCCGGGGUGCAACAGCGUCUGCUACGACCACUUCUUCCCCAUCUCCCACAUCCGUCUCUGGGCGCUCCAGCUCAUCCUGGUCUCCACUCCUGCCCUGCUGGUAGCCAUGCACGUGGCCCACCGCCGCCAUGUUGACAAGAGGAUCUACAAACUGUCAGGGAGGACCAACCCCAAAGAUCUGGAGCAGAUAAAAACCCAGAAAAUGAAAAUCAGCGGGGCCUUGUGGUGGACAUACGUCAUUAGCCUGCUGUUCCGCGUUAUCUUCGAGGUUACAUUCAUGUAUCUGUUUUACAUGAUUUACCCGGGUUACAAGAUGAUCAGGCUGGUGAAGUGUGACUCGUACCCCUGUCCCAACACAGUGGACUGUUUUGUGUCGAGGCCCACGGAGAAGACCGUCUUCACCGUGUUCAUGCUGGCUGUGUCAGGGGUGUGUAUACUGCUCAACAUCGCAGAGGUGGUCUUCUUGGUGGGGAAGGCCUGCAGUAAACAUCUGCACCAUGCUGGAGACUCCACUAUGGGAGCUUGGAUCCAAAAAAAGCUUUGCUUGUACUAA